AUGGCAACAGAAUAUGCUAGUAACCCGUCAACUGAACGUGAUCGUAACUGUCAUUUGUGUUCAUUAAAUUUCAAUCGUACACGUGCUUCGCUAUGUCAAUGUUUUCAUUGUGAUCAAAAUUUAUGCCUAGAAUGCUUUACAUUACAUAAAGAAAAAUUGUUAGAAAAAGUUUAUAAUUUACAAGAUCGUUAUAAUGAAAUUAAUGAAAUAAUAAAGGAAAAACGACAAGAGAUUGUUGAUUCAUCCACAUUUUGUAUGGACGAAGUUUUAACAUGGUUUCAAAAAUCAAUAAAUGAUCUGUUUGAAUGUCAACAACAAAUUAUCGAAAAUAUAGAACUCAUACGCGAUGAAGCACAGAUAAAACUAGUCAAAUCCAAUGAACUACUCCAACCUCUCGGUAAAGAACUCCAUUUGUUAACUCAAAAUAAUUCUUAUGAUACAGCGAAGGUCGAACAAAUAACAGCAAAAUUAGAUGAUACUUAUAAUACAUUAAAACAUUUCAGAUUAACGAAAGAAGUCAAAAUGCCGGCAAUACAAAUGUUUUUACCAAAAUAUAAAAUAUCUUUUUUAACAGAACAAAAAAAUGAUACAUCAUCAAAUGAAUUAGAAAAUUGGAAUGAAAAUACUGAAAGAAAAGAAGAAAUUUCAUUCAUCAUACCAACUACAAUGACAAAUCAAGUUGUUGAACGUAAAGACACAUUAAACAAACAAUUUGUUGAUUCUCAAAUCGAUGUAGUAGCAGAUAAUUUUUUUGAUUUACAAUGGGCUACAGAUUCCGAUUCCAAUUCCGAUAGCGAUACUGAUAUUGAACAAGACGUUGAAACAGUUCAUGAUAACGAUGAAGAAAUGGAUGAUAAUUUUUUUUUUGAUCAUCAACUUUAUCGUUUAAUAUUACCUCGCCAUUAUGAUUUUGAUAUUCGAUGUCUGACAUCAAACGGUACCAAUAUACUCUGUUAUUCACAGACAUCAAAGAAACUUAUUUAUUACGAUGACAAAACGAACAGACAACUUACGAUCGAUUGGCAUCAUAAUCAUCUCAUACAUCUGAGUUGGUUAGAAACUAUUGAAACAUAUGUAGCAUUGACACAAGAUCAUGAAAUAUAUUCGAUUGAAUCAAAUAAUAAUAAACGUUUAAAAAUUAGAUUACGUCAUCAUUUACCGAAUAGAACAGACUUAUCAUUGCCAGUAUUUAUGCGAACAGAUGAAAAAUAUAUUUAUUAUUAUUACGAAGAUCAAAGAAGAGAACGGCAUGCAAAAUAUUUACGUUUAUUAAAUUUAAAUUUUCAACAUGAACGAGUUUAUCCACUAGAUAAACGUUUAUCAGCAAAUAAACACAUUCGUCAUGGAGAUAUAGGACAAAUAGUUGGUUUAGCGGUUAAUUAUAAGCAUAUUGUUUUGCUACAACAGCAUGAAGAACAACAACAUAAUGAAGAUGAAUGGGAAGAUGUUGAUGAAGAUGAUUGUUCAACAUCAGCUAAUAAUUACUCAAAACAAGCGUCAUUAUUAAUAAACCAAUACGCGCAUAAUGAUGAAAUGCGUUUGUUAAUAUUCGAUAAGAAAAAUAUGAAUUUUUUACAGCGUCUUAUCAUUGAUGGUUACACCGAUAAAUCACCAGUUUUUCAUUACAAUAGUCCAAGUUGUUAUUUUUUGAUCGAUCAAAGACAAUUAAUUUUGAGAUUUUUUAAUAAAAAUAAUGAAAGUGGAGAGGUUAAAUUAAUUCCAAGACAAUUAGUAGUCACAGCUUCAAUCAAUGCACCUAAGACAGAUUUUUUAUGUACAUCCCUUACGCUGAUGAACGAUGGUACUUUAUUGAUUACAAAUGAUACUCCAGAUGUGAUUCAAUUAUCGAUUGGUGAAAUAGACAUCUAA